UCUACCCAGUCAAGCUGCAGAGGACAGUGUGGUGCCGAGUACUACAGGGGUAACAUGUGUCAGUGUGACUACAGCUGCCUGACUUAUGACGAGUGCUGCAAAGACUAUGAAUCUCAGUGCACCACAAAAAACUCGUGCAAGGGUCGCUGUGGAGAAACCUUCAAGAGAGGACGACUGUGUAGCUGUGAUCCUGAAUGCACAACGUACAACCAGUGCUGCCCAGAUUACAGCAGUCAUUGUGAUGCAGAUGAUGACUACCCAACUCCUCUGGAUGGUACAUCAACUAAUCCACCAGAUGAUCCCAGUGAUGUGCAGGAUCAGGAGAUGAGUCCAACCUUGGAGAGCAGCAGAAGUCUUGAACCAUCUACAGCUGACCUGCUGGAUGCUGCACCUACUGAAGCCUCUCUGAUUACAGAUGUUCCAGAGUUCACUACAGAGAGCGUUUCUUCUCACACAGAGGCGACUCCAUCAGACGAUGACAACCGUUUCUCCUCUAAUUCCACAGCUGGAGAAGCUACGACUGUAAGCUCAGAUGCUUCAGAUUCUACAAGACCUCCUGACCAAGGAACAACUCUGCCUCAGCCAACAGAAGACUCCAAUCAGCCCACUGGAACAUCAAAACCCACAAUUUCCUCCAGCACUAUAAAGUCUACAACUGACGUUCCUCCUACUGAUGAGCCUGAACUCACAACCGUCAACACACGGGACUCAAACAGAGUUCUGGAAACCUCUCAGGUCACCACCUCACCAGCAACAACCACAGAGGAAACCACUUUGGACACCAACUCAGAGCUCAACUACAGAAACACCACAACAAGCAUUCCAUCUUUACUGGCAGACGAUGAAGAUCCAGCCACUACCGUCUCUCCAACGGGAACAGGAAUUCCCACAUUCCCAUUUCCAGUGCAAAAUGAAACCACAGAUAUAGUUGUACCGGAGACGACUACUGCUGAUCCGCUAACGGCUACAUCUGAACCCACCUCCAAGCCUCAGGGCAAACCUGAUCCAACUAACUUACCCCCCACCUCUAAACCUGACACCAAACCCGUGGACCCACAGACCUUGAACACAGAUAACCCCCGAGAUUACCAAGGAGAUGACAACGAUGAUACAAACCUGUGUAGUGGGCGACCGGUGAGCGGAGUCGCCACACUGAGGAACGGAACGAUGGUGGUGUUCAGAGGCCACUACUUCUGGUUUCUGGACAGAAACCGGGUGCCAAGUCCACCCCAAGAUAUAACACAAGUGUGGGGUGUCCCUUCCCCUAUUGACACCGUGUUCACCCGCUGCAACUGUCAGGGUAAAACCUACAUUUUCAAGGGUGGCAAAUACUGGAGGUUUGAAAAUGAUGCUCUGGAUCAUGGAUACCCAAAACUCAUUAAAACAGGCUUUGAUGGGCUGAGGGGUCACAUCACAGCCGCCCUGUCAGUUCCCCAGUACAACAACAGGAAAGAGUCUGUCUACUUCUUCAAGAGAGGAGGAUUUGUUCAAAAAUAUUCCUACCAGUUUGGAACCAGUCCAACAUGUGACCGUGCGGUCCACUAUCCCAUUUACACCAUUCGUGCCCGAACGGUUCGACAAGCAGUUUCUGUUUUAGCACCAGAAAUCAACAUCCGUAAAUCCUGGAGAGGCUUCCCCCACAUCAUCACAGCUGCCGUGUCCAUAACGAGCCCCACAGAUCGGGAGGGGUACAAAUACACAGUCUUCUCAAGAUCAAUAUCCUACAAUGUGAUCAUGAAAGGUGAACGUCCCGUCAUGGCUGAACCAAACACACCCCCUCGGACCAACACCUUCUUCAAAUGUCAGAAAAAAACCUAACAGAAAAGCACCGACUGUUUCCUCCCAAACCACUGUUCCUGUGUUUAUUUUCUUCUUAAGACACAGUUUCAGCACGGAUUACAAAAAGGACUCUCUGAACACGUAAAAAAAAAAAAAAAAAAAAAA